UAUUGGUGAAUUUACUAGAGCAACAACAAAAUUUACAUGUAUUUGGUUUUUUGGCAGUUACAAUGUCAAAAUUUCAAUCAGGACGUAAAUAAACAAACAAAACAACAACAAAAUAAUGAACUGGUGGAAUUCAGCUACCCAAUAGAAAGAAAACAAAAAGAAAAACAAAUCAGCUGCUCUGUACGUCCACUAUCCACUAUGAUAUCGGCCAAAGCAGUUAGUUCUUCAAUUCCUAAAUAUGGAGUUGGCACGCAGCCAUUCACCGUCUUAAUAGAGGGAAAUAUUGGUAGCGGAAAGACAACUUUUAUCGAACAUUUCCAAAAAUUCGAAGACAAAGUCUGCGCCAUUGCCGAGCCCGUGUACAAGUGGAGAAAUUUCAAAGGUCACAAUUUAUUGGAAUUGAUGUAUAUUGAUCCAGAUCGUUGGGCCAUGCCAUUUCAAUCGUAUGUAAUGUUGACAAUGUUGGAGCGCCACACACAGUUGACCACCAAGCCCAUUAAAAUAUUGGAGCGUUCUUUAUACAGUGCCAAGUAUUGCUUUGUUGAAAAUUUACACCAAAGCGGUCGUAUACAUGAUGGCAUGUAUGAAAUAUUGAAAGAAUGGUAUAAUUACGUCGAGGAUAUUACCCACAUACAGGCCGAUUUAAUUGUUUAUUUGCGUACAACACCUGAAGUGGUAUAUGAGCGUAUACGUAAGCGAGCUCGUUCCGAGGAGGCAUGUGUGCCCUAUGAGUAUAUAAAGCAGUUGCAUGAACUUCAUGAGGAUUGGUUGAUACGAAAACGUGUGGGUCAUAACAUUAAGGUACUAGAAAUCGAGGCGGAUUUAGACUUAUCUGAAAUUGACCGUGAGUACAAACGGUCUGAAAAUUUUAUUCAUGCUUCAAUGCAGCAACAAAGGCCUGCGGUGACGGCAUCUCCGAGCAAACGGACGGAUUUUUUAGGAUAGAUAAUUAACGUAGUGUUUUUAUAGGCCAUUGAAUUUUUCUAUAACCAGGUGUAAUAGUUCACGGCAUCACUAACUUUUACAAUAUUAGGAUAUAAUUUUGACUAAAAGAGACUCUUUUCCUAUAUCGAAAUAAGCUAUCAAAGGUACAUUUAUUAUUAUAAUUGUAAAUGACAAUACUUUAUCCCUUUCGCUACGACUUUUGCAGGGCGUCUGCACAAAUUUUAUUUUUUUAUUUUUUGGAGACCCAUAAGACGAUUAGAUGGGCAAAAAUCAAACGAAGCUUGUAACUUAUAUAGAUGACAAUAUUUUUAGGUUAGAUGUAUGGGUUCAAACAGUAUUUUGGAAUGGGCGACGUAAGUUCCAACAGUGUACAAACUACUCAAAAAAACUUAAUACAGAACGGCAGUUUAGGGGCCCAACAAAUAUUUUUUGUUCUUUUCUCGCCUUUUCGCUGGGCGCAUGUGAAGCAUGGCAGUAUUUUAAAUUCCUCAUUGGACAAACGUUCUCCAGCGUUUCGCAUUGUUUUGUAAAUACUCGAAGAUAUUCCAGUAGAUUUAUUUCCUUUUCCAAUUAGCGGCUCUGCAAUAUCGACAAGUACUGUUAAAAAAGUAGCGAAUAUGUAAUCUAACAGACAUCAGCAUGCCCCGAUAAAGAACUGUUUGCCACUAUUUGUUUGUGUUUCUCUUUAUAUCAUACAAUUCCGUCUUUCGAUCUGCUAGGUUCACACCACCCAUUCUAGCUCGUUAUGUCUUUACGAUCCCAAGGCAAUUGCGAAUAAAAAAUUAUCGAGUUUAGUACCUGCCGAAUAAUUUUUCUCGCUUUUAGGGGCAUUCUUAGGAUUGGGCUUGCAAGCUCCCAAACCUGAAUUUUGUAUUUAAAAAAAUGAACCGAGGUAAAAAAACGUUCAAAAGAAGGGCUUGUUCGAGGCACUUAAUAAAAACGGCAAUACUACUGCAACACUGUUGCAAUUGCUCAACUGAUACUUUUCUGAUGUUUGGCAAACAAAAAAUUUUUGAUGCCGAUUUAUUUGUAUUCGCGCGCAACAUUUGCCGAAUUUUUCACACUUCGAACGUGAUGCUUUUGAUAAUGCUGCCAGAAUUUUACAUCGAACGUGAUACUUUCACAAAUCAUGUAACACUGCGGUUGUGAUUGCAGCUCGAACAAGCCCGAAACUUCACGUCUGGGCUCGAAAUCGUUGCCGUAAGUUCCUUUACAAUUUGUUCUCUCACUCAAUGGGCUAUCUGCUGCAUCACUAGAAAAAUCAUCACAGCCAUUGAUUUUGGCACAGGAAGGACUAUAGCAAUCAACGUCACUGAAAUCAAUUCCCAUUUCGCUGGCCUCAUCGUCUCCCUGAAGUAAUGCAUUCAUGUAUUUCUUCGCUAAUCCAUUUCGUAAUUUUUUCAGUCUACAACAUCACAAAAGGGAAAAAUAACAUAUAUGACUUAGGGUGCACAAGGUACUGGUGGUACCCACUACAAACCCCUAUUGGGGCACAUACGUGCCAAUAUUUCCUUUCUUCGAAUAUUUUUUACGAACCACUUAUAAAAAUAUACAUAUUUUCCUUCUUACCAGUAUUAGUUCAGUAUUUUGUUUAAAAAAAUCACCACCUCUUUGAAUAUGUUAAUAUUCCUUUACAUAAAUGACGCAUUGCUCAUAAACAGCUGAAGAAAACAAAGGAUUGAAUAUGUAUGUGGUCUAGAUAACGGUAAAUUGUAAAUAUUGCUCAUAACAACUUAGUGAGAUUUUUGUUUCAGUUUACAACGGGAAUUGCGAGUUUCAGAGUCAACCGACAGGCCGUAGGACGCGAGUGUCCCUGCAUUAGCGAAAGGGUUAAAAUUAUUUUCAUACUUAUGUAUAAGAACGAUGUGCAUUUUAAUUUGGUUAUAUAAAAUAUUUAAGUUGAUUUCUAAUAUACAUACAUACAUAUAUAUUAAGGCUACAAUCGUGUGAUUGUUGUGAUUCCUGUUUUAAAAGGCUAUCUCGUACCAUGUAAACAUUGACGUAAAGAAAAUCACAAGAAUAAACCUGUUGACCAGCUAUAUAAAUAUUAAAACGUAAAGCUUUAACACACAA